AUGCUUCUAGCGUUGAACCCCAUCAAGUCCCUUGCCCUGCGGUACCAUAAACUGGUCUACUUGAACCUUCGAAUCCUAUAUUUCAAGUACAUGUCGGCAGAUCUCCAGCUCGACACCAGCCAUGGCUUCCAACAGACCCUCGAGGAGAUCUCCGCCGAGAAACUCGGCGACAACGCCUCUCCUGACUUGUUCUUUAUUAAACCUAACUACAUUCCCAACACGGCUGUCCAAAUACCGUCCUAUUACGGUCUGGACGAGAAACCCAUCGUUCAGCCGUUUGACCCGCGGUUCACCAUCGCCGCGUAUCUCCACUGGAUCCGCUCAAAUCCAGAUAAGCCUGUCCCUUUCCACUGGUCUGACUGGGUCGAUUUGAAGGAUCUUAAUAAAUAUAUUCUUUUACCAGAGAAUGUCAAGCCAAACUGCACGGAAAUCUAUGACAUCUCUAGAAAUAAGAAGGUUCUUAAGGGUUCCAUAGCAAGACCCGUUGAACAGUACUGCCACGACGAUACUCAGUAUCCUUUGGGUUACAGAGUGAGUCGGUUUCCUCAUGCUCAGACUAGAGAAAACAUGAGGAUGUUGGGCAAGUCUUUCCUUUACUCUGGGUUUGCCAGUCCAACGAAGUUGGUCUUUUUGACCAAUGACGCGGGGUCCUACAUUGUCGACGUCAACGACCAUGAGAAUAAUAACUACAAAAAUUCCCUUUUGUUUAAUGGUAUGGUUGAGGAUGUUUUGCCUGAUGUGCAAGCUAGAUCUUUCGAUGUACUCACGGCGUACAACCAGCUUCUCGAGGCAAGACCACCUUCAAAUGCCGAUGGUGUUAUGAGAGACUCUGUCAUUCAUCUUGAGCAGGAAAUGUUCGACGUGGAUGCCAAGGAGGCCAUCAACGAACUCCAGUUGAUGGACCACAAAUCUGUCAUGGACAAAAAGUACCUUGAUUGCCUUCUUUAUUCGACUGGCACAUCAGCACCAGUCAAGUAUUUCGAUGAGGCCAAGUUGGUUAAUUCGGAUACAUCCAAGAUCUUUGGCGAGCACCAUGACUGGAGAUUCUUUGAUGGUCUUACCAUCAACUCUGACAGACAGGUGCUUGUUUUGCAUAGACUCAUCAAGAACUACCUCCAGUUCUGUAAAUCACAUGGUCUUGUGACGUGGAUCGCACACGGCUCUUUGCUUUCAUGGUACUGGAACGGUAUGGCUUUCCCUUGGGAUGCUGAUACUGAUGCCCAGAUGCCAAUUAGAGAUCUCCACAGACUAGGAAGAGAAUUCAACCAAACUCUUGUGGUAGAGAAUGUUGGUGUCGAUGGAGUCGGUGACCAGACGGAUUUCAAUGGUUUGGGCCUGUUCUUCAUCGAUGUCGGCUCUAGUAUCACUCAUCGUGAACGUGGCAACGGUAUGAAUAACAUUGACGCACGUUUCAUUGAUGUUACUACUGGAUUGUAUGUGGAUAUCACUGGUCUCGCAGUUAGUAACGAGACGGCUCCAUCCAGAUACGAUUACAGACUCAAUUUGGAUAAGGACAAGAAGAAAAUCAGCGCUAAGAGCGGUCUGACAUUCGUUGACAAUACUUUGAAGCAGGUCUAUAACUGCAGAAACCGUCAUUUCAGCUCAUUGCAAGAAUUAUCGCCACUCAUUAUCCUGGGAGUUCAAAAUCAACUUGGUUACGUUCCUCUGAACUUUGGAUUGCUUCUUGACCAAGAGUAUCACGUCAAGGGCUUCUUGCAAACAAACUUCCAGGACUACUUCUAUUUGAGAAACCUUCGUAUUUGGGUGAACAAUAGAAUCGUCACUGAAUACCUCAAGAAUAAGCCAAAAUGGCUCGAGGAUAACUCAAGCGGUAUUGGUAAACGUGCUGUCAAUGACGACGAAGCCAACAAGAUCGAGAAAUUCAAUGAAGAAGAUCACAAGAAUCUCCUUAAGCAUGAAUGGAUCUUUAGAGAAUACAUUCUGACUAAAGAGUUCACUGGAUUCCACGAGGAGCAGAUGAAGCAUCUCUUACGGAAUCGUAUGGAGCAGUAUGUGGAGGGUGUUAACCGUUUUUCCGAAUCCAAGACCGUCAACCAUCCUCUUUGGGCUGACACUUUUAUGCAUCACAUUCACGUCAACAACAUUCAAUUCGAGGAUGAAGUAAACAAGCUACUCGAGCUCAGCAAGGCUUACGAAGCUGAGGCUAAGCAGGAGGUUGUUGAGAAGGCAGAGUCCGAGCAGAAUGACGGUAAUGAGGAUAAGGAGACCGCCGAGCUUGUAAACUUGUCUGGAGAAGGCUUCGAAGAGCUCCAAGACUCAUCUGAUGAGGGCGAAGCCAAGGAUACAUCUUCAGGUCAAGGUAGCCAAGACGGGUCGCAGAACGGUGACGGCGGCAUUCAGGAAGUUGCCGAGGAAGCAUCUAAUGAAUAA